AUGGAUUCCAGGACAUCCAAGUCUAAGGAACAAGAGAGGCACGGUGCCAAAGGCUUGCUAGAUGACCGGACGCCAGCACAGCUGUUGAUCCAGGGCAUAGACGUGUCCGAUGGGAGCAAGUACACUUGCAAAGACCUUUUCGGUGAUCUUACCGGCGCUUCUCUCAUGGAUGCAAUUUGGGAAAAGUUUGGGGUGGGGGAGCAAGAUGUGGAGUGGUUCUACAAAACGGACGGAGGUGAGCAAGCUCGAACCAUUAUGAGAUCCCCACUAUCACGGCAGAUACAAGAAAGCACGUGUUCCGAAUACAUGCAAAGGCUAUACCGUGAAGGAUUAAGCCAACUCGCAUCAGGAGACGCCGUUUUUCGCUUUCGUGACAGCAGUCACAGCCCACCGUAUGAAGCUGGCUCCUUCAAUCACCGCGCUGAAAGCUUCUACAGGUGCUACAGCGAAGCUCCUGAUCAUGACAUGGUCCAGAAGGUGUUGAAGAAGGGUCUCACAAAA